ACGGGUACUCAGGUCUCUGGGGGAGUCAAGGGUUUAACCCGUCCUGCGACGCGGAGCACCGGCCGCCGCUCGCCGACGCAAGACAACGACGAUGCCGAGCUUCCCUCCGCCCGGCACCGUCACCAUCUGCGAGAUCAACCGCGACCUAGUUGCGGCGGAUGCGCUGUCCGACGAUGGAGCCAAGGAUGCCUACGGGGAUGUCCUCGGAAUGGUCUUCAGCCCGAUUCCUUUCCAGCCGGAUGCGAUUGUUGCCACCCACGAGCCUCCUGCUGUCACUGAAGCUGCUGAGAUUGUCCCCAGAACAAGUUUAGCUUCCACCGUAGCUGAGUCCUUCAAACAAAUGCUAUUCCCUUCUUGCGAUUUCUUCCUUAAGGACCAAUGCUGUGUCUAAUUUCCAUACCCUCGAGGAUAAGUCCUUUCUUCGAGUUGAGCUGGACGAUCUCUUGCAGGUUGAUAACAACCAUUCCAUCUCCUUGGUGGUUGUAGAAGUGCCCCAGUUGUACCUCCAUCCAGCCGUCACCCCGUUCUCUCGGAUAGCUCACUGUCUCCUCUGCUCGUCCUACUUCGCUUCUACCCAUGUCAAGAGGUGUCUCUUGCGUGCGUGGGUGCAGAGAGACGGUGCGCUUGGCAGACACUACUUGAUCGUCCAUGGUGAUAUAUGCCUCUUGUGUCCGGCAGUCAAGCCCGUAUGAUUUAUCUGCCAAUUUGAAGAUGAGAUAGACUAUGUAUCGUGUGUUGGGUGAGAGCUCUCUGCAGUUGAUGCGGCCACGCAAAUGGAACCAGCAGACAAAUACAAGCGCAGCUACUCUUUCAAACCUGAAACAAGGAGAAACUUUGGUUUUUGUUUAAUUAUCGAGAAAAAAAAUCAAAGCAAAUCAAAGAAUAGUAUGUAUAUUGAAUUUAAACACUAUCUGAUUGAGAAUGUUUAUUAUAGUUUAUUUCUUAAUGAUUUUGUAUUUCUAAAAGAAGUGUCAUGUAUAUGUGAUUAUGUUUGCAAAAUAAGUGCUUCAGAUUUA